CGAAACCAGCAACCAACCCCCAUCACCAUCUCCACUUUUCCAAGACUACAAGCCACACCCACAGCUCAUCAUGGCCUCGAUGAUCCCCUCUAAGCGGCCCCCAGAAGAGGACCCCUCAAUCUCGUCCAAAAAGCCAAAGCAGGGAGUUGACCAAGAACGCAUUCAAAAGAUGCUAGCGGAAGCCCGUGCCCGUGCAGCAGCCGUCGCCGCAAAGCUAAACAACAAUGCCAGGGCGUCUGCCCCAUCCUCCGCAUCCCCAACACCCCCGCCGGCACCACCACCUCCCGCCGCACAAUCCGCCGCUGACAGGAUCGCUGCAAUGAGGGCUCGUGUGUCUGGAGCCGUAUCCAGAUCCUCCGGACUCGCGGCAGGCGGGCCACCCAGGCCGCCGCUGAGUGCGUACAGGAGGGAAGAGCCGGACAUCGAGGAGGCAUCCAAGGCGCGUGGCGGGCUGGAUGUGGGACUUCACCCCGCGCUGCUAGGCGAUGGUGGGGACGCAGGAUCGGCAAAGCGUGGGAAGGGGGGGAUUCCACCAAAGUUUGCAACUACCAUGGCGAAUCGGCGGGCGAAGGGGAAGUCCGGAAAGAAGCAGCUGGAGAUUCAGGGCCCCUCGGCGGAUAUGACGGAUCCCACCAAGAAUCCCUACUUUGAUCCGAAUCUUGCGUCGAAGGUUGUUGCGCCCCGGAGGAUUAGCAAAGCUUUGGCGUUCAAUCAGAAGGGGAAAUACAUUGAGCAGGCAAAUGCUCUGCGUAGACAAGCUGCUCUGGAGGCUAUGAAGAAAAGGAUUGCGGAGGCGGCCAGGAAGGUGGGGAUUGAUGAGGACAUGCACGCAGAUAAGGCAUUUGCUCGUGAACCACCCCCUGAAAUUGAGUGGUGGGACCAAGGCCUCACAACUGCUCCCUCAUACGAGACAAUAACCCCAGAAUCCCUCCUAAUAUCUGCUGCCGACACAAUAGUAACUCACUACGUCCAACACCCGGUCCUCCUUGCCCCACCACAAGACCAGCUUGCGCCGCCAAUGAAACCCUUCCCCCUGACCAAAAAAGAGCAAAAGAAAGUCCGCCGCCAACGCCGCGCCGAAGCCCUGAAAGAAAAGCAAGCAAAAGUCCGCCUCGGCCUAGAACCCCCACCGCCGCCGAAGAUCAAGAAAUCAAACUUAAUGCGAGUUCUCGGAGAAGAAGCCGUGAAAGACCCCACGGCAGUGGAAGCACGCGUGAACCGUGAAAUCAAAGAACGUCACGAGGGCCACUUGAAAGCGAACGAAGAGCGCAAACUAACGAAACAACAACGCCACGAAAAACUCGCUGCGAACCAGGAGAAGGACCUAGCCCGUGGCAUCCACGUCCUCGUCUUCCGCAUCGAGACGUUAGCGAACGGGAGACAUAGGUACAAGAUCAACAUCAACGCGGAGCAAUUAGCCUUGACGGGGAUCUGCAUUCUCAAUCCGAAAUUCAACCUCGUUAUUGUAGAGGGCGGGAUCCACUCCAUCACAAAGUUCCGUAAAUUGAUGGUGAACAGGAUCGACUGGAAGGAGAGCAUCACCGCUAGAGAACGGAUUAAAGGUGUCGAGGGCGAUGCAGGGGCCGAGGAAGAAGGGCAGGCGGUCGACAUGACGAAAAAUAUGUGCACGCUGGUCUGGGAGGGCGAGGUCCGCCAGAAGGGGUUUAAGAGGUUUACUACUGAGCGAGUGCCCAGUGAUGCGUUGGCUAGGGAGCGGUUGGAGAGGGCCAAGAUGGAGUAUAUGUGGACUCAGACUAAGAAUGCUGUUGCGAAGGAGGGUUAG